AUGGGAUACCUACCCUUUCAGAGCAAAAAGUCCAGUGAGUCGGCCCCCUAUAACUUUCACUCAAUGUUACGCUAUAUUUUGCUCAUUAACUGGAAUCUUACGGACACUUUCUUUCUGAUGGGAGGGUUAUUGUGCUCUUAUGUGUUGUUGACUAAAUUAGACAAAACAAGAGGUGCUUUCGAUUAUAUUAAAUAUGCUUUUUAUAGGGGACGGUAUAUAACAAUAACCAAUUGUUUCGCAAUUGUACCCAAUUUUGUGGCCAUAUUUGAUGUGUCGGCCAAACCUAACCGAUUGUCGGCUAUGGAUGGCAUUCGAGCCAUACUUUGCUUUUGGAUGAUUUUGCAACACGAGUACGACAUGGGAUACCUACCCUUUCAGAGCAAAAAGGCCAGUGAGUCGGCCCCCUAUAACUUUCACUCAAUGUUACGCUAUAUUUUGCUCAUUAACUGGAAUCUUACGGACACUUUCUUUCUGAUGGGAGUAAUGUUGGGCUCAUUCAUAUCCAUAGCGCCUAAAUUAUUAGUAGGAAUUCCACACUUUUUCGAGGCCUACAAAAGCCUAAGUUUCGAUACAAUAACCAGUAGUAUAUCACAUCAUUUAUGGGGCUUUGAAUCUCACGUCCAACUCUAUGUGUUGGGAAUAUUAGUGGGUUUCCUAAUCAAAAGGCACCCAAAUGUGUAUUUGGGAGGAAUUAUAGGCGAAAUCGGGACUACGAGAGAGCGUAUAUUCUACAGCAACUAUUAUGUGUGGACAGUUGUCUUAUUUGACUACAUAACAACCUUCAUAUUAUCCAUAAUCGUGAACGUAUUGGUGACCAAACCAUUCGCCAAUCUCUUGAAUAUGAUAUACAAGAGGGAAAACUGA